GAAGGCAGAGCAGUGGGCGGGGCUAAUGGACUCUAUAUGAAAGACAGGACAUGUAUAUUUAGUCCAAUACUGGCUGAAACACAGGUCGGAUGUUUUCUGAAGCUGAUCUGAGCCACUUUACUCAUUAAUUUAGCGUCCACUUCUGGAGCAGCUUGUGCGUAAAAAAAAAAGAAGAUGCCGUUGUGAUUUCCGCUCACACCUGGAACGAGGAAGCACUGAGACCGUUUUUAUUUUUUUUAUUUUUGUGACUUAUUUUUGUUUUGUUUUGUUUUGUUUUGUCUUGCUCUUGAUGUCAGAAUUAGGGCUGUGAUUUCCUCAGGAAUAUGCGGGUUUUGUUUGGUGACAGGACUUGAUGUGCGUUUUGCAGUGACCUGUGGCAACACCUGUGACACCGGCGCAAAAGACUAUCUGGUUGGUAUCAGCUGACAGAAAAACCACACUGCUGCUUUUACAGCGAGGAUUUGCGUCUGACAUUUGACCCAUCCCAUACUGCAACAAUACAGUUUUUUUUUCUUUGCAUUUUCUCACCUUAGUUUUUUUAUCUUUUUUUUUUGUCGCAAAUUGCUGACAACAACUUAGUCUUUGCGCAGCGCGUUUCAGCGAACCCUGUUACGCACAGGCAGCAGCAGCAGCAUCAGGUGCUGUGAGAAGAUCCAGAAGAAGUAACAGACCUAGGUGAAGCAUCACACCAUCACAAUGACAGACGGACCCAGACAACGGAGCAGCACGGCGGGUUCCAAGGAUGGAGCCGGCGGCAAGGAGUCCGGAGGAGAUGGAGGAGGAGUAGCUUUGAAGAAGGAGAUCGGCCUUGUGAGCGCCUGUGGGAUCAUAGUAGGUAACAUUAUUGGCUCAGGUAUAUUCGUCAGUCCAAAGGGAGUCAUGGAGAACGCCAGCUCUGUGGGCAUAGCGUUGAUCGUGUGGAUCAUCACCGGCAUCAUCACUGCCAUCGGGGCGCUGUGCUACGCUGAGCUGGGCGUAACUAUCCCCAAGUCUGGCGGAGAUUACUCCUACGUCAAGGACAUCUUUGGAGGCCUGGCAGGGUUUUUGCGUUUGUGGAUCGCUGUGCUGGUCAUCUACCCCACCAACCAGGCUGUGAUCGCGUUGACGUUCUCCAACUACGUCCUGCAGCCCCUCUUCCCCACCUGUUUCCCACCAGAGAACGGCCUGCGUCUGCUGGCCGCCGUCUGCCUCCUGCUGCUGACAUGGGUGAACUGCUCUAGUGUGAGGUGGGCCACCAGAGUGCAGGACAUCUUCACCGCCGGCAAGCUGCUAGCACUGGCCCUCAUCAUCAUCAUGGGCAUCGUACAGAUCUGCAAGGGCGAGUAUUAUUGGUUGGAGCCAGCCAAUGCCUUUGAGCCCUUCAAGGAUUACGAUGUGGGUUUGAUAGCCUUAGCCUUCCUACAAGGGUCCUUCGCCUACGGGGGUUGGAACUUCCUCAACUAUGUCACAGAGGAGCUGGUGGACCCCUAUGUGAAUCUUCCUCGUGCCAUCUACAUCUCCAUCCCCCUGGUGACCUUCGUGUACGUCUUCGCCAACAUCGCCUACGUCACUGCCAUGACGCCUCAGGAGCUGCUUGCUUCCAACGCCGUUGCCGUGACAUUUGGUGAGAAGCUGCUGGGGGUCAUGGCUUGGAUCAUGCCCAUCUCUGUGGCUCUGUCCACUUUUGGAGGAGUCAACGGUUCCCUCUUUACCUCUUCACGUUUGUUCUUUGCUGGGGCCAGAGAGGGCCACCUCCCCAGCCUACUGGCCAUGAUCCAUGUGAAACGCUGCACUCCCAUCCCUGCUCUGCUCUUUACUUGUCUGUCCACUCUGCUCAUGCUGUGCACCAGUGACAUGUACACUCUUAUCAACUACGUGGGAUUCAUCAACUACCUCUUCUACGGAGUCACUGUUGCCGGGCAGAUCGUCCUGCGUAUUAAACAACCUGACAUGCACCGACCAAUCAAGAUCAGCCUCAUUUGGCCGGUGAUUUACCUCAUUUUCUGGGCCUUCCUGCUCAUCUUUUCACUUUACUCUGAGCCUGUGGUGUGUGGUAUUGGCCUGGCCAUCAUGCUCACUGGCGUCCCUGUCUAUUUCCUGGGAGUCUACUGGGACAACAAGCCACAGUGCUUUGACGCUUUUGUUGACAAAAUGACAUACCUGGGUCAGAAGUUAUGUGUGGUGGUUUAUCCGGCCAUGGGCAGCAGCAGCGCAAACGAAGAGGAAGGAGAAGAAAUGAAGGAGGCCAGGUCUCCUUUGUCCCAAGGGGACGGAGACAACCAUAAAUCAGCAGACUGCUAAAAAACCUUUAUUUUCUACCUGGUCCUUAAAUAAACAGACAUGUGUGGAUGCAAACACACACACACCAACACACAUGCACAUGCACACACAACUGCAAACACAGGGCAUAUUUUAUAAUGGAAAUAAUGAUGAACACUUCCACAGCUGUUGUUUAAUAUUUGUAUUUGGUUAUAGUAUUUGUAUCAAUCAAUAAUUUCUAUGCCAAAUGUAGUAGGUGAUAUUUAGAGUAAUAUGAUCCCAAACAUGAGUCUGGGGUUCUUCAAAAGUGCAAUAAAUAAAGGCUGCCACCUCCUCUGUACAUGUUUCUACAGGCACAUAUACGUCUCAUCUUCAUCAUCAUCAUCAUCAUCAUCCUGCUUCAUCUUCUCCCUCCACACACUCCUUGCACACUCCUGUGUUAUUUUUAGUAUUUUUUUUUAUAUUAUCAUCAUCAUCAAAAGACUCUAACUGUGGCUACACAAAAUACUUUUUCAACAUUUCUGAUGUUCUUUUUUUUUUUUCUUCCUUUUUUGCCACAUUGUAAAUUUUGCUACCUAUACAACACACCAAAGCUGUAUUUCUGAUUGUCAACACAGAAAAUCCUACUCAGAUCAACUGAUUUCAUGUUGUGAUGUACACUAAGUACUGUGUUUUUAAAGGUGACUGUGAUUCCAAACACUUUUUUUUGUAAUUGUGAUAAUUGUUUAUAUCAUUUGUUGUUAUUUUAGUUUUAAUAAGUUAAUUUUAGUUUUAGAUAUUCUUUUUCUAUUCAAUAUUGUAUUCAUCUGGGCCUAUUUUUUACUAAUGUGGAGGUAUAUACCUUAAAGCUGAAGUGUGAUCUGUACUGCGUGUUGGCCAAAAUGCUGGUAAAUGGUGCACAGUUCUUGUUAAUUGCCUUAAUUAGAAAAUAUUCUGUAUUACAUUUGAUGUAUGUGGAGAGAUGUUGAUGCUAGUACUUUGCAUUUAGACUCUUAUGGAAAACACCAAAAAUGUCAGUUUUUCCGAUUUCUCUGUGUGUACGGACACUACGCAAAAUCUAAUUAACCUGCUAAAACUGCAAGUCCAGUCUGGACACAUAGACUAGAUACUAGAAGGAAUAAAUAGGCAAAACAUGAUUGUUUUCACCGCCACAUUUGCAUUGUUGAUCCAGUGCAAAUCCCUACACCGACACAUGUGAAUGCCUGUGUGAAAAACCAGUGAUUGUCUUACAUAUUUUACGGACAAAGUGUAUUUUUUAUUUUAGAUUAACAAAUAGUUUAAAUAAUUUUGUGCUUUAUUUUAGGCUGUAGAAAUUUAAAAAAAAAAAAAAAUUGUAUGAUACAAUUCACUAGAAGAGAUUUUAGUGCAAUAUUAUGACAGGCACCAGCAAAAAAAUUAACAUGUACCCCUAUUAUGGCCCCGUGGAGUCUGUGUUGUCUGGUAAUAGUAAUGUAUCAACACUUCCGCUGUAUCUGUCAUAAUAACAUACCUGCAAACAUCAAAUCCUGUAGUCCUUAUGUAAUCUAUUACAGUCUCAGGGCUUUCUCACUGCCUAAAAACGCCACAGAUCUGACUGAUUGCCUCUUUUAUCUGUUAGUGCUGAACAUAACUGGUGUUUUUAGAUGUUUAUUCCUCAGGAGACCCCCCCAUUCUAAAAAAAACCCCACAAAAACAAGAGACUGACAAGAGAAAUGAGUGUAUAAAUAUAAAGGAAAGUACCAUUUGUUAAAACUGGGCCAGUAUUUGUCUGGGUCACAGGGUGUCUUCGACGUCUUAAGAAGUACAUUGAUGUGUUCUGUGCCUGUUAUUUGUGUAUUGACAUUAAACACAUGUAAAGGCUGUAUUUUAUCUCAUAGUAAAUAAAAACCACUGACAUGUAUUUUAUGAAGUUGUAAUUCAGGUCCUGUUUCUAUUAAAUCCUCCCUGUCUUUUAACUUUUUUCCACUGUGACCGCUUUAAAGAAUGUAAUAAAAACAUUCAAGGUUCUUUUUUAUAUAAUACUCAUUUUGGGUCUAAUGUCAGUCAGCUGCUCAGUUUUAAACUACUUUAAAAUAGUCAAAUCCUGCAUAACUUACUGCUUAAAGAUUCGAUAUUUGUGCAUGCUUAUGGGAAGUUUGUGUUGAAGUCUGGAAUAUGGGUCGCUGAUGUUAACUAACUCCAUUUCUAAGAUAACUACUGUCACGGUUGCUUUAAUUUAUGGCAACAAUUGUUAGAAUUGGCUCAUUUUUUUCUGUGAAAAUCCUAAAGCUUGCACUCAAUACCUCAGUACACACUAGCUACUGUUAGCUUAGAAAUGGACUUGGCUAAUGUCAAAAAACUAUCAGCUGCCAGUACAACACAGACUCCAACACAAACAUAAAAUAAAGACAUUAAUACCACAUACUGAAAAAAAAAAACAACUCAAAAUGCUCCAAUAUUUUCCUUUAUUUGCUGCCCCUCCUUUAUAAGAUACAGCCUCCACAAACCAAAUAUGAUGGAAAUAUGAAGUUUUCUUUUCUUUGAUAGUCAUUUAUACUUAUUUAGAACGAUUUCUAACUACUUUUUUGUACACAUAAGUCACUAAUUUAAGUUGCCUUUUGCUUUUUUUGCAGUCUGCCUAUAUACUGUGAGACAGGCGUGUCUAUUUUCCUGUCGUAUAAAUGUACAUACUGGUGGUGAGUGUGACGAGAAUAAAGUAUAAAGCUAU